UUAAUUGCUUCAAAGAAAAAAAUAUAUGGUACAUUCUCCAAUAUUUUUUUUCAUACAAGUAAAGAAAGAUGAUCACUUUCAACGCAAAUUGACCCAACUGCAUCCUUUUUGAAUGACGUCACAGAGAUGGAGGUCAGCGUGGGGCAUGUGGGAAAGGAGGGAAAGAAAAUUGAGCUAAUGUUAGGCUUAAACUAUUUAAAUGUUUUUAAGAUAGAAAUGAGAAGGAUUCUUAUGUUAUAACGUUAUUUUUUAAAAAUUAAACUUAAAUGUCGAAGGAUAAGAAAUUAUAACGGGGUAUAAACUGUUGAUUUAUUCCAGGUUAAAGGCAGUUAACAUUAGGACUUACAUUGUUAGGCUUUAAAAAUUGACUGAUUAACGUUAGAUUAAUUCUUAAUCUCAGUCUCAUUAUAUCGAGUCGAGGUUUCGUUGUUAGGGUCAGAGUUAGAAUUAGGCCUAAUGUGAGGUGUGCAAUGCACAUUACAUUUUUCAGGCCAGUUCUGUCUAAGUGUUUUUCAGACUUGGAGUGAUUGCAGUUAUGUGAUUUUAAGGUUGGAUCUGGUAAUAUGUUUAUCUGUAGGAGAUAAGAGCUUACGUGUUAGAAACAUGUGGUUCCAAGAAGAAAUACCACAGAAUGAGUGAUGAGGCACUGUCUGAUGACCACUUAGCCCCUCUCACUAUAAAGAAAGAGACUUCACCUAAACAGCAAACUAAUGGAUUUAAGUUCACAACUGGUGAUAGAAAGUGUGGACACAAGACUACUCGGAAGAGUCAGAGCAACAGUAGGGAUGAUAGUGAGGAGAGGGUUAAAUGUAAUGACAGGGAAGAAGCAAAACAUAUUCAAGAAAGGGCUGAAGAACAUUAUCCAUGUGAGAGAGAUUUUUCUUCAGUCACACCACCAUGUUUUAAUUGGAGUCGGGAUAUUUCCUUUUUGCUUCGAGACUUGGAGGGAAUUAACUUGUUCAAAAAAUUCCUCACUGAGGAAAACUGUCGUGAGUGUCUUGACUUUUGGUUAGCGUGUGAGGGAAUAAAAAAGACCAACACCAGUACCAGCUACCUUCACCAGUUGAUUCGAGUUAUUUACAAAAAAUUCAUUAGGUCUGCUGUUGUGCAGAUUAAUCCAGAAACUCGCAAGGAAAUAACUGACAAAAUAGAACAAAAGCUUGGGUUAGAACAGUCAAUUUUUGAUAAAGCACAAAGAGAUGUAGAGCAAGUGAUGUCUCAGACUGUGUACCCAAACUUCUUGAAGUCAGAUUUAUUUCUUGGUUACAUUCACUCAUUACAGAAUUAUGGCCAUUUGCAGUCUGAGAAGCACAGUUGUAGUUCUGGAUCAUCUAGUUCAACUGGCAGUGAGCCUGAAUCUAGACAAGAUACUCUGCCAACACUACACGAAGAUACAGAGCUCUGUAUAGAACAAGUUUCAAAAAUGUCAUUGUUAACAAGUGAAGCAGUAAAACCAAGAAUGAAGUUAAGAGGGCGAACUGAUCGUGUUCCGUACGAGUCUCAUGCUGG